CGACGUUGGGUCGGAGCACAGUUGCUUCCAGUUCUUCAUACGCUUCAUCGAGGUCUAUAUACUGUGAGUCGGGCUUGCUUCAAACACGUAAAUUUUUACACAUUUACUGUCUCAUUUCGUUGAAUGGACUACACAUACACACAGCAGACAUAUUCAUAAAAACAAAUGAAAUUAAUAGCAGAUUUUGUACUCGAAAUUGAACUCGAUGUACAACCUAUUAUUUUCUAAAAUUGAAUAAAACGAUUUGUUGCUGUGCCAUAUAAAUUAUUUUCAAUCAUAUAUAUAUAUCAUCUCAAGAUGGUUUGCUGUUCAGCGUGGAAGAUAGAAGAUCGAAGAAUAAAGAAACCCUAUUUGGGAGGAUGGAGGCACAAGAUUACUAAAUUAGAAUAUUUAAAUGCUGCAUCUCAAACAGGACCUUUAAGAAUGCCGAAAAGAAAAACGUGCAGCAGAAUGGUGCAAUAUAUUGCAACACUAGAAACGACCACGCAAACACCAUGCCAUCAUCCAACACAGAUGUGGCGACCAGAUUGUUUUAUAUCAAACGGUUCCGAUAAAUGUUUAACGUCGAAACCUUAUGAAACGUACGAAGAAAUGAUGAAGCGAUUAGAUUACGAUGGAAAAGCUAGAAUUAUUCAAAGAAACUAUAGAAUAUAUGUAUUAUUGAAGAACAUUAAAAAAUUUGCGAAACAGUAUCGGGAGUUGGUCGACGAUUGCAAGAUGUACGAGUUAGAAAAAUCCCUAAUUUACAGAAAAAGACAUCAGCAAGAAAUUUUUGGACGAAUCAAUCCAAAAUCUCGACAAGAUUUCGACAUGUUGUACGAGCUGGUCGAGAAAUGGAGAUUGAAUCGUCUCGACUGCACGAAGCAGCGUUUCUUCAAGGCUGCAAGAUGCGCAGAAAAUUAUGUAAUCCUGGAUAAAACCGUGGAAAUGUUCAAGGUGAUCGACCAGAAGAGACAAGAAGUGAAGAAAGAGUAUAGGAACAGGAAACGUGUGAAAUUCAUCACGUUUAAUUGCAAAUCUAUCACCUGGCAUGGUUACAAGGGGAAACUGGUAAAGGUAGAUACGAUGAGGAAUCAGAAAGCACGAGAAUUCAAAACGAUCUACGAUUCAUUGAUGAAAUACAACGUCACUCGAGGAGAACGUAUGGAGAUACUGACGAUACUGAAGAAAUCAUUAGAAGUGCAUAAUUGUGUGGCUGCGUUAAAUUUAAUUAAACUUUUAGAUCAAGAAUUGGCUUAUCUAUCAAGAGGGAUGAAAAACAUGUCACUGGAGUAUUUUAGGAAAAGAAUAAUCUAUGAUUACUUGUACUUUGUACGAUCGUCGCAUUCCUGUUGCUGCGUCAAUGAUGACGAAAAUUUCUGCAAAAAUGUGGACGAUGAGAAACUACGAGAACCCAUAGAAACAAACACGAAAUUAUGCCCUAGUUGCUUGAAACUGCUACCCAGUCAAAAAUUCACGGUCCAUGGAAGGAUGAAAAAGUUAUCUUCAUGUAUAGAGUGUACCUGGUUGCGAGAACGAAACACUGCACACGUGAGUUACGCACCUUACGAGUUUCUUUUGGAUUGCGUACGUUCUGAUGAGAAAAGCAGAUGUGCUUCGUCAGCUAUUUCAUUCGUGAUGCAAAAACACGAUAUGUAUCAUCUGGUGAACAACAUCUGGCAUGGUCAUUCGAUUAUGAGUGAGAACAAGGAUCUUUUCGUUCUGAGAAUGGUUCGAUAUAACGUGGAAGAAGAAUGGUCACCAUGGAACUGUAUCCUUUUAACCCAGGAAGAGGCUGAGGUUCAUUGCAGAAUCAAGGAUCUUCCUUCCAUGUACUCGAAGCAUCUUAUUAAGCGGGUUUUAUUAAACCAUCAGUUGGCGAAGAAUCAAUUCAAGGACUUGAAACGGUUCGAAGAAGAAUACAGAGAAACGUUCCAUAAGAUUGAAAACAAACUGGUUUAUAAACCUGCGAUCAAAGUGAAUGAUUAUUUAUUUUCUUGA